CUCAAUUUGAAUUCGCCUAUCUUUACCCCUACUUUUCUCUGUCUUCAAAUCUCUCUCUCUUUCUCUCGCUCGCUCGCCCCCUCGCUGCGAAAUUCUGGAUUUUCUUGCUUCGAGGUUGUUCGGUUUCUCCACCAAAUCCGCCAUGGAAGGAGAUCGACAUACGGAAAUCUACUGCGAAAAUGAUUUCUCAUGUGAACCGAAGGAUUCUCCUGCUAAGAAUCUCGAUUCCGAGACUGCCGAUCAGAAUUCGUCUUCCUUCAACGAGAAUACGGUUGUCAGUGAAAACCAAGAAGUUUCUCCCACCAAUGGCCCGACACUUCCAAUUUUGCAGAAGAUUAUCAAUUUAAGCAACAAAAUUAAGGAAUUGAAGGAAGAACAUGCUUUUGUAUCCAACCAAGUUAAAGAAAUCACAAGUUGUUCCUUUUCAGACUCUGAAUUGUCAAAGGCUAUCCAGCUCCUGAAUACUGAGCUUGGAAUUCUGAAAAAGAAGUACUUGGAAGAGUCAUUUGAGAGGAAACGUCUCUACAAUGAAGUGAUCGAACUCAAGGGAAACAUCAGGGUCUUCUGCAGAUGUAGGCCCCUAAACCAGGCUGAAAUAGCAAAUGGUUCAACGUCUGUAGUCGAGUUUGAUCAAUCUCACGAAAAUGAGCUCCAAAUACUUUCUAGUGAUCCGUCCAAGAAACAAUUUAAGUUUGACCAUGUAUUUAAGCCUGAGGAUGACCAAGAGGCUGUUUUUGCACAGACCAAACCAAUAGCCACUUCUGUACUGGAUGGUUACAAUGUCUGCAUAUUUGCUUAUGGACAAACUGGAACCGGCAAGACAUUUACCAUGGAGGGAACACCUGAAAACAGGGGAGUGAAUUACAGGACACUAGAAGAGUUGUUUCGUUGUUCAGAAAGCAGAAGCCAUCUCAUGAAAUUUGAGAUAUUUGUUAGCAUGUUGGAGGUAUAUAAUGAGAAGAUAAGGGACCUCUUGGUUGAAAACCCCAACCAGCCUCCUAAAAAGUUGGAGGUUAAGCAAUCUGCAGAAGGAACUCAGGAAGUCCCUGGUUUGGUAGAAGCCCAAGUUUACAAAACAGAUGAAGUGUGGGAGCUGCUCAAGAAUGGAUACCGUGUUAGGUCCGUUGGAUCAACUGCUGCAAAUGAGCUAAGCAGCCGUUCUCACUGCUUGCUGCGAGUGACAGUGAAGGGGGAGAAUCUAAUAAAUGGCCAGAGAACCAGAAGCCAUCUUUGGUUGGUGGACUUGGCUGGCAGCGAGCGUGUAGGAAAGAUAGAAGUUGAAGGUGAAAGGUUAAAGGAAUCUCAAUUCAUCAACAAGUCACUCUCGGCACUCGGUGAUGUUAUCUCUGCCCUUGCAUCCAAGACAAGCCAUAUUCCUUACAGAAACUCGAAGCUCACCCAUAUGCUGCAAAAUUCUUUGGGUGGAGAUUGCAAAACCUUAAUGUUUGUCCAGAUAAGCCCGAGUUCAACAGACCUAGGAGAGACCCUUUGUUCCUUAAACUUUGCAAGUAGAGUCCGCGGGAUUGAAAGUGGCCCAGCUCGUAAACAGGCAGACGUCUCUGAGCUCCUUAAAUUCAAGCAGAUGGCGGAGAAGGUGAAACACGACGAAAAGGAAACAAAGAAGUUACAAGACAGUGUGCAGUCACUUCAGCUACGGCUCAUUGCCAGAGAACAUAUAUGCAAAGGCCUUCAAGAAAAGGUUCGUGAUCUGGAAUCUCAACUGGCCGAAGAGAGAAAAACCAGAAUUAAGCAAGAGACACGAGCAUUUGCAACCGCAUCAUCAUCCAAGCAUCAGACUGAGAAGCUACCAUCAAUCGCGGAGAAAAAGCCGCCACUUGCUCCAACAAGAACGAGAAUGCCUCUCCGGAGAAUCACAAACUUCAUGCCCCAUUCAUCUCCGGUCCCUGCAAAGAAGCAAACGGCUUCUUCAACCAGAUACUCCCUCGCAACAACAACGUAUCAUAACAAAGAGAACAACAGCCUCAAACCCGCUUCGGACGUGAGAACACUGAUGAAACCUAGAAGAAGCUCGAUCGCGGUCCGACCAUCCCAACCAUCGGCCAUCUCAUCAGGCAAGAUGGCAAUGCAGCCGAGAAGACGGGUCUCGAUCGCAACCUUACGACCAGAACCGUCAUCUUACAUGAACAUGAACAUGACCACUCCGUUACGCCCACCUUCCUCCUCGAAUCUCAACAACGGAAUAAUCCGUGGAGGCCCGAGGAAAGCGAGAUACUCGAAGCUCUUCUCCCCAAUGCCGGAAUUCAGAACAUCUUCUUCUUCGGAUCAUUUAUCAACACCUAACUACGCAAGCAAUAAGAGGAGCGGCAUUAGUAACAGUAGCAGCAAGUUCAUGAGGAGCCCGCCAGGGAGCGGAGGAGGAGGAUGGAAGCCGAGCCAUCCGACGGUGAUAGCGUUGCAGAAGAGGACGGUGGUGUGGAGUCCGUUGAAGAUGAAGACUAUGAAGAACCGAAGGCCUUCCUUCUUGCCAGCGAUUAGGCCUUCUUCUUCUUCCUCUGCUGCUGCUGCAUCAGAUAUUCUCAGAAGGGAACAAUAGUAGCUUGUUGUUCUGAUAUGAUUGAUUGGUGAUGAUUAUGAUUUCCGAGCUUUUGGACUUGGAUCUUUGUAGGUUUAAAAACCAUCACAUUUGUUUUCUUGGGGAAAAGAAAAAAUCACUAGUCGUCGUUAUGUUAAUAGAA